AGAAUCAUUAACUUAAUUUGACUAUCUGGUUUGUGGGUGCGUUUACUCUCAUGUAAGUCAACAACAUCCUGGGAUUGGGACACACUUUCUGGGCACUGCUGGCCAGUCCCAAAAUGGAACAUAAGGAAGUGGUUCUUCUACUUCUUUUAUUUCUGAAAUCAGGUCAAGGAGAGCCUCUGGAUGACUAUGUGAAUACCCAGGGGGCUUCACUGUUCAGUGUCACUAAGAAGCAGCUGGGGGCAGGAAGUAUAGAAGAAUGUGCAGCCAAAUGUGAGGAGGACAAAGAAUUCACCUGCAGGGCAUUCCAAUAUCACAGUAAAGAGCAACAAUGUGUGAUAAUGGCUGAAAACAGGAAGUCCUCCAUAAUCAUUAGGAUGAGAGAUGUAGUUUUAUUUGAAAAGAAAGUGUAUCUCUCAGAGUGCAAGACUGGGAAUGGAAAGAACUACAGAGGGACGAUGUCCAAAACAAAAAAUGGCAUCACCUGUCAAAAAUGGAGUUCCACUUCUCCCCACAGACCUAGAUUCUCACCUGCUACACACCCCUCAGAGGGACUGGAGGAGAACUACUGCAGGAAUCCAGACAAUGAUCCACAGGGGCCCUGGUGCUAUACUACUGAUCCAGAAAAGAGAUAUGACUACUGCGACAUUCUUGAGUGUGAAGAGGAAUGUAUGCAUUGCAGUGGAGAAAACUAUGACGGCAAAAUUUCCAAGACCAUGUCUGGACUGGAAUGCCAGGCCUGGGACUCUCAGAGCCCACACGCUCAUGGAUACAUUCCUUCCAAAUUUCCAAACAAGAACCUGAAGAAGAAUUACUGUCGUAACCCCGAUGGGGAGCUGCGGCCUUGGUGUUUCACCACUGACCCCAACAAGCGCUGGGAACUUUGCGACAUCCCCCGCUGCACAACACCUCCACCAUCUUCUGGUCCCACCUACCAGUGUCUGAAGGGAACAGGUGAAAACUAUCGCGGGAAUGUGGCUGUUACCGUGUCCGGGCACACCUGUCAGCACUGGAGUGCACAGACCCCUCACACACAUAACAGGACACCAGAAAACUUUCCCUGCAAAAAUUUGGAUGAAAACUACUGCCGCAAUCCUGACGGAAAAAGGGCCCCAUGGUGCCAUACAACCAACAGCCAAGUGCGGUGGGAGUACUGUAAGAUACCGUCCUGUGACUCCUCCCUAGUAUCCACGGAACAGUUGGCUCCCACAGCACCACCUGAGCUAACCCCUGUGGUCCAGGACUGCUACCAUGGUGAUGGACAGAGCUACCGAGGCACAUCCUCCACCACCACCACAGGAAAGAAGUGUCAGUCUUGGUCAUCUAUGACACCACACCGGCACCAGAAGACCCCAGAAAACUACCCAAAUGCUGGCCUGACAAUGAACUACUGCAGGAAUCCAGAUGCCGAUAAAGGCCCCUGGUGUUUUACCACAGACCCCAGCGUCAGGUGGGAGUACUGCAACCUGAAAAAAUGCUCAGGAACAGAAGCGAGUGUUGUAGCACCUCCGCCUGUUGUCCAACUUCCAAAUGUAGAGACUCCUUCCGAAGAAGACUGUAUGUUUGGGAAUGGGAAAGGAUACCGAGGCAAGAGGGCGACCACUGUUACUGGGACGCCAUGCCAGGACUGGGCUGCCCAGGAGCCCCAUAGACACAGCAUUUUCACUCCAGAGACAAAUCCACGGGCAGGUCUGGAAAAAAAUUACUGCCGUAACCCUGAUGGUGAUGUAGGUGGUCCCUGGUGCUACACGACAAAUCCAAGAAAACUUUACGACUACUGUGAUGUCCCUCAGUGUGUUACAGAAAACCACCCUGGACUUCUCCUAUGCAUAAUUUGGUUGCUUGUGGUUGGGUCUGCCAUGUGGAGGGACCUUGAGCUGGGGGAAGGAGCUUGGCCUCCAAGUCCACUGAAGACCAGCAUCCUGAGAUUGCCUGGGAAGGUGGUACAGGGCAGUGAUGAAGAUCAUGGGAGCCACACUGCCCAGCUUCGCAUUUGGGCUUCUCCUAGGGACACCAAGAGGGAGGAAGGAGGGGUUAGGAUGAAGCAUCUUGGUGGCACCUCUAACUCAAAGUCCCUCGAUGGAGUCAGUUCCAGUUCUCCACUUCUGGCCCCGUCUGGUACACACCACUGCCUCUCACUGCCCGGGCUCUCUAUCCUUGACAGGCUGCCUUGAAGUUGAGCCCGGACUGACUUUCUUGCCUCAGACCCCACUACCGUGCCUGGGACUCAUGCACCUUUGACUCCCAUGGAAGGGAAGUGCAGUAGUUUCCCAGGUGCAAUUCUGGUGUCCUCACCCACAUUGAGGAUGUACAAGAAUCAGGUUCUUAGAGACUGGAGAAAGAAGGAAGAAUGGGAACAAGAUUUUUCCCAAAGGACUGUGAGGUCCCCCACCUUACCUUGAUGUGAGACAAGUGAGGUUAACCCCAAGCCUGGUUAGAAGCGUUCCCAUCAGACACUUGGAAAUCCUGAGGACUGUUUCAUGCAGAAGGAUAUAGUUUAUUCAGGUUUGACUCGUGCUUGAGAAAGCUAGAGCCUCUGGUGGUGAAUGAUUUUAAUAACUAUUUCCUUUCCACCAACAUAUACAGUACAAAUAAUAAUAAGCAAAAAUAAAUAGAAACAUUCAGUUUUGUUUUGAAUAGUAGGAGCAGGGUACCAUCAUUUCUGUAGUUACUCUUUUAGUACAACGAUGCAUGUCUACUGUAUGUAAGGCAUACUAGCAGAAAUUGAGCUCAGCACUAGAGAAGAUGAUUGCAUUCUAUGCCUUGCUUCUUUUUUAAAAAAAAGGCUUCCAUAGACAGAUUCUCAGAACAGCCCAUGGCAAAUGUAAAGUUAUUUGGAAAACCCAGGUUCCAGAUUCACUAGAGCGUUGGUUGGGAAGGAAUUUCCUCUUACAGUUGUUACUAAUAAUUGUAUGAACAAUUAUUUAAAAUAUUAACAUUUACAUUUGUGAAGACCUUGAAGGGCUGGAGACAACAGAGAAGCAUUUUUGAAUACCCUCUGCAGCCCCUGCACUGUUGUAGGCAUUGGUGGAUGGUACCAAAGAUGGGACACUGUCCCUACCUCCAGAGACCCUGUGGGCUGGCUGCAGAGAGAAGGCAGGGAGGAGGAAAAGAAGAAUAAAGUCAUAUGUUUAAGUCACCCCCACGGCUGUCGGUUAGUCAUGGGAGGCUCCCCAGAGGAGCUGUCCUGAAGCUGGCUGACAGAAGGCAACAUUUCAACUUAGGACAGUAAUCCUUGCUACAUACAAUCACAUACACACACACACACACGUGCACACACAGAGACUCACAUGGAAAAAUAAACCUUUGUGCCUUUCAGCAGUGAUGACAAUUAUGGUUUUCAGUAAACUUUACAUGGUUUAGAUGGUGAUGGUGACGAUGAUGAUUAUGGGAAGGAUGGCAUCAUGUUCUAAACAUACUGCAUGGAGUCAGAAUAAUGACAAAUAACCAUUUGUCCCAAUCAAGGUUUUCUCAGAAAAUAUCUCAUUCUGAUGUUAAACUAUACCAGUCUGUUUGAUCACUUCUCCAACAAAAUAAUUACAAAGUGCUUAUAUUUUCUUGAAAA